AUGCCCAAGGCCUCAUCCUUCUACGUGGAUUGCACCCACGCGGCAGGCUCUCUCGAAUAUGUCGAUGGACAUGCCGCAGGCUGCACCAAGAUUUAUGACCUUUGGCGAAACCGAAGGGUCACGGACAAGGGCCCGGAGCGCGCUCCGUGCUCUGCGCCUGACUACGUCCAUGCGGUUGACACUGGAGAAUGGGCAGAAUGCUGUCGCAGACCGCUCAUGCAUCCAGAUGAUGAGCAAGGUCCCAUGAAGAACGUGUGGAAGCUACUGGUGGCUUUGGGGUUGAGAAAAGGACACAAAGAGGUCUACAUCUGCCAACCCUUGAAGGCCGAGCACCACAAUUACUCCUAUGACAUGGAGUCCGGCUUGGGCUGGAUCAAGGACACGUGUGGAGACUGUGCCGGAAGCGACGAGAUCUGCCUGAAGCCUCGGGUCUUCGACAUCAAGUCCACGCCUCCUCCCAAAGGUUGGAAGGAUAGGCUGAAGCAGGGUGCCAAGGCCAUCGCGCGGAAGUUGCUCGGCCUGGACAGAAACGUGUGCCUGGGCGUGGGUUACAACUGGAGCUUUGGCCGAAUCGCGCCCGGGAUGAUUGACAUGAUCAGGUGUACUACAUCGAGUCUGAGGCAGCAGCCACACUUCCACUAA